GAAAAGGUGCGCUGGCCCUCGGCUUCAGACAGGUGAAGCAGAACUGCAGACAGCUACCAGGUGCUGAGGUCUCAUAAAAUGGGCAACAAAGAAUCACUAGAAGGUGUCAUGGACAGAGCUUCUCUGAAGUUUAAAAGGAAAACCACAAAGAAAGCAGACCAUACAGAUGCCCUGUUGGAUCAACCCUGGCGGCGGAGCAGCUGGAUUCCACAAGAAGUGCUCAGGAAGAAACAAGAUUUGUUAAGACGAAUUACCCAGUAUAUGCCGACUGGUGGUGUACUUCCCAAAGCCAGGAUAUUACUCAUCGGCCAAGUAGGAGUCGGGAAAUCCAGCUUCGUUCAGUCUGCCAGUCUAGCGCUGGGAUCCUCCUAUCAGACUAUGCCUGGAUCUGCACAGUACAAGAGCCACCAGGUGAAGGACACUGAUGGCACAGCCCUCAAGUUCAUCCUCAGUGAGUGCCGUGGCCUUGAGCCAGUGGGCAGUGGAGGGAUUCGCACAGAAGAUGUGGCCAACAUCCUGAAAGGACAUGUUGGUGUGUCAUUCCAGUUCAAGGCUUUACAGCCCGGUCACAAUGGGAAAGGUUUCAAGAGAAACCCCUUGCUGGCGGACAAGGUGCACUGCCUGGUCUACGUGCUGGAGGCAGCCACCGUGGGCGACAUCAGCCAAAGCCUGCAGAAGAAGAUCAAGGCCAUUCAGGAGCAGGCAGAUGAGCUGGGCAUCCCAGAACUUGUACUUCUGACUAAGGUGGAUGAGGCCUGCCCUGCAGUGCAAGAAAAGGUCACUGAGAUCUACUGGAGCAAGUCCAUUUCAGAAAAGACUCAGCUGGUCGCCGAGCUGCUGGACAUUCCCAUCUCUCAUAUCCUCCCAGUCAAAAACCACCCCCGCUCAAGGUCGGAUCCCAGCAUUGACAUCCUGGUGCUCACAGCACUUUAUCGGAUGCUUCAUUCUGCCGACAGCUUCUUGGAAGACUUAAAUUAAAGAGCAGUUCCAGUUAUAUAAGAACUCACAUUCUUUAGAGAAGACGGAGAGCUUUCACACCUUCUUAGCCACUGGCAGCCUCUUACAGGGACAUUUUCAUUUUUAAUUGGGUUUCAGCCUCAGUAACUUGACUGGAGAGGUUUGUUCACAAAUCCCACAAUCCUUUGGGUGAAGAAACCUUGGGUGUACUCAGUUGUCUCCAGUUUCCAUUACUGAAAUCCAGCACAGUUUUUAAAAAAUGAACUGGAAGAAAUCUGCUGAAUUUACUUUUCAUUUUUUUUUUGUAUCAGAUUUGAACCACUGUUCAGGUCAGGGCUGGUCCCUGGGAUUCACUUAUUUUGGGGGGGAUAGGUUGUAGCUACGCAAGAGCUUUUAAUCGGAAAAUGCAAGAUUGAUGGGGGAACCACAGUGAACUGAAGAAUGAGUGACUAAGUCUCCAUGACAUUUUUUGAAUGAAGACUGAAGAGAACAUCCUUCAUUUUUGGUUGUGCCUUUUGAUUUCAGGGAGGCACCUGCUAUGUUUUGAAAAUUUGAAAUGAAAAACUUCAUUAGACGUCCUCAAGUUGAUUGUCAACUUAUAGCAGGAUUUGCCGAUCUGUUUCUGAAAAGGGAUGAAUGGUAACAUGAUGGAGUAAAGUUUUUCAUCCCCUGUUAUCAUUUUGUAUAUAUUGUAUUACUUUGGAUUGAAAGUUUCCAUUGUUAUUUUAUUUUAUUGUUUAUUCUGUAAUAUCAGAUUCUUUCAAGACACCAUUGCCAAGCAUUGUUGUGUAAAGUUAUCAUGCAUGCCUUAUUAAGAGCUUAGCAUGCUUUUGUAAAUGUCCAAACUAUGGAUUAAAAGCUAACUGUACAAAU